AUGUUCAUCACUGCUGGGAGCAGCCUGGGGGGAACGUGUGGGUCUCCCGAGGGCCUCACUGCGCCAACGGUGGGGACACCUCCGCCGGCCCGCUGCCUGCGCCCGCGCACGGUGAUGCUGGGGGCCCCCCGCUCCGUGCGCGCCCCCCGAGCGCCCCGCGCAGCCCUGCGCGCAUUCCGCGGCGCCGGCGGAGCCGGGCUCUUCGGGCGUCUGCUGCUCCGCGCCGGCUGCCUGCGCGCCUGCAAGCGGGAACUGCCCGUGUUCCAGCUGCGCUACCCGCCGGCGCAGACCCUGCGCGAUUUCCAACGCCGCCAGCCCUACCAGUACCUGCACUACGCGCUCUUCAAGUCAAAUAAGAUCGAGAAAGCAGUGUCUGCUGCCCACACCUUCCUGCAGAAAAACCCCAAGCAUGAGAUGACCUUGAGGUACCUGAACUACUACAGAACGGUGCUGGAUGUGGAUGAAUACCUGGUUGACCUGGAAGCUCAGCCCUAUGAGCCGAUAUUUGUGCGGUCAGUGAAGCUGUACAACAGCGGGGAUUUCCGGAGCAGCGCAGCCGACAUGGAGCAGGCGCUGGCCGAGUACUACAAGGCAUAUGAGGACUGUCUGGCCGGCUGCGAGGGUGCCUAUGAGCUCCAAGAGUUCAAGGACUUCUACCCUGCCAUUGCAGACCACUUUGUGAGCGUGCUGCAAUGCAAGGUGGACUGUGAGACCGAGCUCACCCCCAAUGUGGGUGGCUACUUCGUGGAGAAGUUUGUGGCCACCAUGUACCACUACCUGCAGUUCGCUUACUACAAAUUGAACGAUGUGCAGGACGCGGUGCGCAGCGUCUCCAGCUACAUGCUCUUCGACCCGGGGGACACAGUGAUGCAGCAGAACCUGGUGUACUACCGCUUCCACCGCGAGCGCUGGCACCUGCGGGACCAGGACUUCAAGCCUCGGCCGGAAGCCGUGAGGUACCACAACCAGACAGCCACUCAGAAGAAGAUGCUGGAAUUCGCCCGGCAGUACCUGCAGGAUGAUGAUGAGAUGGAGCUGGAUGGUGGUGAGGGGUCAGAGGUGCUGGACCUGCCCUCUGAUGGCGAGUUUGAGGGUGAAGGUGACUAUGAGGAAGGCUUCUUCGCAGAGUGGUGGCAGGAACCCAAGACCAAAGGAGACAAAGACAACCAAGAGAUCCUACGAUGAGCCAGGUGAAGGGGCACCCAGCACCAACUGAGCUGGAUCGUGGUGGCUCUGUGAUGCCAUCUUGAAGACAUCAGGCUUUGGGCUCUUCCCAGCCACCAGGAGAAACUCAGACUCAUGGGGCUGGACCAAUCCUGCCUGGUAUCCUGCAGCAGAGCUGCCUUUGAAUGUCUGCUGCCCUGGCACAGCCCAAUUCCCACCAGCAGCCCUGAACAUCCCUGCCUGCCCAGGAGCCUGGGCCACACCUGCCCCCAGUGCCUCAGGAGCUCUGACCAGCAGUGAUGCCCCACAGCACUGGGGUUUUCUGUGUCUCUCAGCUGCUCCCCAGGAUCUGUGGAUGAUGCACCAGGUUCGACCCCUGUAUUGUCUUGAGGGGCUUGGGGGGGCUACCCCUACUUUGGGAGCAAUGCAUGAUGUGGCUGGAGCUGGUCCUGCCCCUUCCUGAAGCUCCCUGAGGCUCCUGCUCCUGUUCCUGCAGCCUCCCAGGCAAUCUGCCAGCUCCCAAAGCCUGGCUCCCCUUGGACUCCCUGGCCUGGUGGUACAGGGGGCUCCUGGUCUGCCACGUCCCCGUGUCACCAUGGGGCUGCAGGAGCCUGGUGAAGCUGUGGCACCCGUGCCCUGCCCGUGCCUUGAAUUUUUGCCACACCAGCCCUCUCUAGCCUUAAGCUCCGUUAAUUUAAGAUUUCCCCUCUUGCACACUUGCUCUUUUUAUAUAUUUACUGGUGCUGAACUUCUAAUAAAAUCUA